GAUAAACCCGUGAACCCUCCACACAUACUUCACAGGAAAACUCCCAUUAUUUGUCAAUCUGUCUUUGUAACCAGUGCAAACAAAUACCACCUGAACUGUUUUGAUUACAAAUAUUUUUGUGGCAAUUACCUUUUGCUUUAACACUUUGGCCAUCGCAUUAAUACCAGCAUAUUGACAGCACUUGUUGUAUCCUAACCAUUUAAAAAUCUGUGACAGAAUGAAAGUGGGAUUUAAUUGGCACCCAAUAUUCGGACUGAACAUCGUUUUCUCCUAGAAAAAUUGUCUUAUGGCCUUCCAUUUAAUUUGUGCCUGGUCCAAAACUUCUUUGUGGAACAUUGUCUAUGCCAAGAUCGGUGUAAGUGCAGCAGACAGCUGUUGAGAAGGAGAUGGUUGCCUAUGGUUACCUGUCCCUCGUCCUGUUGAUGGGUGCGGUGGAAGCGACAUGGAUGGGGGCUAGUUAUUGGAAUGAAAGAUAUGGUACUCUGGGCAUCAAUUAUGCCACAACGAACUCAUUUGAGGGACUGUGGAGUGAUAUCGCUACAAUAAUAGACCAUUACUUCCUGUCGUCUGGGUCCGACAGUGGUCGGGAAUGCAGUGGGGGGUGUAACUGUGAUGAGACGAAGCGCAUUGUCACUGGAUGCAGUGGUUCAACAGUUGUCAUAAAGGGAUACACUUUUGAUAACCUCACUGUGGAUUCAUUCACGUCAUCUGUCACAAAAAUAACCAUCAUCAAUGCCAUGUCCUUUAAGUACUUCGAUAAUGCCACCUUUGAUCAUCUAACAAACCUGCAAGAAUUGACUAUUUACAAAACCAAGCUUGUGCAGUUCCCAGACAUUUCAAAGACCAGCAUGAAAAGAAUGAUGUUGUGUGAUAACAUGAUCAAGUUCUUUCCUCACAACCAUACCAACCCCACAUGGCCGUCCAUGCUCACCAUGAUAACACUCAUCAAAAACGAUAUUGAGUGGGUUCCGGACAACCUUUUUUCUGGCAGUAAUCUAGAAUACAUUGGACUGAGCAGAAAUAAUAUUCGGUACUUUCCAGGGAAAGCGCUGGAAAAUGCUAACAAAGUACAAUUUGUGAGUGUGGAUCAAAAUCAAAUUCAAACCGUCUCUAAAUCUCACCUGGCAUAUAUGGCAAACUCAGAUUUAAAACACCUGAAUCUCAGUAAUAAUUUGAUUAAUUACAUACAACCAGGAGCCUUUUCACAGUUAGGGAAACUGCUUAUUCUAGAAUUACACGACAAUGAGUUGGCUACCGUUUCUGAAGGCGUAUUUGGGAACAUUCCUAAUUUAUUGCAUCUGGAUUUGGUGAGAAAUAACCUACAGAUUUUAAGAAGUAAAUCCUUCACCAACAUGCCUACUCUUAGAACUCUGAGACUUCAUUCCCAGAAAAUAAAGAUGACCAACAUCUACUUUGAUGCCUUUGAGAACAUCAAUGAAAACCUGACAAAUCUGUGGGUCAGUGACAAUGCAUUGACCAGUUUUCCUCACCAAGUUUUGUCCGAACAGUCUUAUCUUUCUCUGAAAGAAAUGUACGCGGACACGAAUCAAAUCACCAACCCUGUGGAGUACACGCUAGACGCAUUUAGUCUCAGCAUGACGUCAACGUUUGCUGCCAAAUCAGGUGUUUUUACCGUGUGGACCAAAUCACCGAAUAUUGAGAAACUAACGCUUUCUGCCAACAAGAUUGCUGAGGUGAAGUCGGAUUAUUUCUGCGUGUUGACGAAUCUACAAUAUCUGUAUCUGGAUCAGAAUCUUUUAACAGACGAGAAGUUUCCGAACGAUGCCUUGGACUGUCUUGCUAAGCUGUUUUACUUGGAGCUGUCCUCAAACAGCUUUAAGUACGUUCCACAGACCGUGAGGAGUUCUGUUAACAUGACAAGUCUGAGACAGCUGUACCUCGGCUCCAAUGACAUCACCUUCCUAGAGGCAGACACCUUUACAAGUGCAAACCUCACAGUUCUAGGACUUCAAUACAAUGGAAUUCUUGCAGUGGAAGACAAUACCUUUUGCAAAACUCUCACGUACAUAUAUCUACAUGGAAAUGAUUUCCGAUUUACUCAUAAGAACCCCUUCACAAACAUGUCUGCAUUGGUCCACCUCCGAUUAGAUGCUAAUGAAAUUGAUGACAUUCCAGACGAUGCACUUGACGGAUGUACAUCCUUAUCAUAUUUAAAUCUCAACAACAACAAACUGGGAUGGCUGAAGGUGACCAUGUUUGAAGACACUGUACUGAAUAGUUUCUUUGCAACAAGCAAUGAAAUUGCCUAUGUUGAGGAUGGCACAUUCAAGAACUUUACAUCCAUGACUUAUCUAUAUUUGGGAUCCAAUGAGCUUACAAAACUUCCGACUGGAGGAGAUUUUUCGGAUAAGACGAUUACACAUCUUCAGCUUCAGAACAACCGGAUUACAGAAAUCAACACUGGUGUCUUCAAUAACCUAGACGUCCAUUAUCUGUCUCUACAAAACAAUGAAAUCUCUGUAAUUGGAUCAGAGGGCUUUAAAGGAGUUGCCGUGUCAAAUUCUCUGUCGAUGACAGGAAACGUGUUGAAGAAGCUGGAGUCCCGCGCCUUUGUGGAUGUGAACAUUGACCAACUAAGCCUUAGUGGAAUGCAGCUGACCUAUCUUCUGAGAGAUUCUUUUGUCAAUGUUAAGGCAAGAGACAUCUUUCUGCAGAACAAUAAGAUAGACUAUAUUCAGGAAGGAGCCUUUGACACAAUCUCCAUCUCCGAGGAUUUACAUCUGUAUGGUAAUGGAUUGACGUCCCUACAAGGAAACAUCUUUGCCAACAGUUCUGUCAUAUCACAAUCCUUGCGUCUGAACAACAACAAUCUCUCGUCUAUACCUAUCAAUGCAUUUGAUAAUCUAUCGGUUAAAAAAGUAUAUCUCCAAGACAACAUGAUAACUGACUACCCCACAGACACACUAUCUAACAAAGCCACUUUGACCACAGUAGACCUGACCAACAACAAGAUCUCCACAGUCACUUCCUCCACCUUCCUUAAUCAGGUGUCACUGACUGACCUUGAUCUUGACAACAACCUAUUGACCUCAAUAUCAAAGGAUGUGUUUACUCCGCUAAUCAAUCUUCAAAAUCUAGACCUGAGUGGAAAUUCCAUUGGUUAUGUUGAGCCGCUAUCCUUUAGUUCUCUGAUCGCCUUGCAGACAUUGGACAUCUCGUCCAAUCAGCUUAUCUUCUUCCCCAAACUGCCGAACAUGACCAGUCUGAGAUCUGUGGACAUUUCUCACAAUCUUCUGCAGUCUAUAGAAUACCAGGCUUUUGAUGACUUUGAAAACAGUAAAGUCUUCAACACUCUGAAGCUGGAUGAAAACCUUGCACUUGGAUGUGAUUGUUACCUCUAUGAGACCCUGCUUGUUGUCCAGACAACCAUCAGCGGGGGUCAGUGUGGGUCCCCAUCUUCUGUCCUGGGAGUUUUGUUUGGGCACACCAAUAAGACAUUGCCCAUGUAUUUUGAAAACCAACAGCUCUCCAAAUUUCUGUGUUCCCCUAUCAACUUGAUAGCUUCCUCACCCUCGGCGACCCAGUUAACGGUGUCCUGGACACGCCCCAAUGACACGGUGUCCUCCAAUAAAUACAUCGCGGAUGCUGUGGCCAGCAGCUGGCAGUACAGAUUGACUUGUACAAGUAAUCCUGGAGGUGUGGUAUCUCAGGCCACUGUGGUUGCUACCACACAUACCUUCACAGCAGCUGAUGGAAUCGCCACAGGAACCACCUAUGUAUGUACUGUGGCACUGUUGGUGAGCAAUGGUACAAGUGCCGAGAGUCAACCGGUGGUGAUUACCACUCAAGCUACUGCAGCUACCAGCACCAAUGUGACAGUGGGAGCGACAGAUUGGAUCCUCCCUAUUGCGUACUAUGAUUUUAGUGUGACAAACUCAGAUUUCAAUGGAUUCUCCAAUGCUAUCAUUUCUAAGCCUACCUAUGUCCCAAGUCCCUACGGCUCAUGGCUACUGCGGUCUGCCACCCCAAACUCCGAUACAUUCUCUGGCUGGUUUGUGGAUCAGACUGGGAUUAAUCAUGUCUAUAAAGACAACAUCACACUGAAGCUUAUCUCGGCGUCUUCUCCAGUCACACACAGAUUUACAGCACAGAACAGCUAUUUCCCUGUGGACGACAUGGGCUUCGGGAAUCAGGAUAAAGACUGCUAUGGCGUGGAACACAAUUUUGGUUUCACUUCCGCCAUUAGAUCAGGAUUUGUCUUCCAAGGCACGGAGUCGGUAACUAUUGGAGGAGGGGACGACCUCUGGCUGUAUCUGAAUGGGAAGUUUGUGAUGGAGAUCAGCUCCAGAAACAUGGGAACUAGUGUUCCCUGUAAAAAGAUCAGCCUCACUACCGCUAGUACCCCAGGAGGAAGUUACAUCAUCCCACAGUAUGGUCUAGUGUCUCCCACUACCAGUUUGUGUGUGAUUACCAGCACUCUGCCAGCAGAACAGGUGCUUGUGGAACUGGAGGUUGGAGAGCGGUACCACUUCUCCAUCUUUCACGUGGAGCGCCUCUCCUGCGAUUCCAGUUUGUAUGUCCAGACGGAGAACUUCCAGUUUAUUGUGGAUCCGGCUGAGGAACCACCCAGGGACUACAUUGUCACUGUGACUGAGGACCUCCAUCAGAAUGGCAUUGUGGCAGAAGUGGUCUUGUCUGACAUCUUUUCCGUGGGACCUCCAUUUACUGUCACCAUUCUAAGGGGAAAUGAGGCUAGGCAUUUCACACUGAAGGACAAGACAACAGCCAAUGAGAAUGCAGCAGUGGCUCCAACUACUGUCGCUCCAACAUACACCACUAUCAAUGGCCAUACUUUUGUUGCAUGUGCCACGCCCUCUACAACAACGCCCGAGAGCCAUGAUGGUACAACAGAGGCAUUUACACUGACCACUGGAGUAGCACUGUUCACUCUGGACUCGGGCCUCGACUACGAGGUCAACACUGUUUACAGCGUUGUUAUGGAAGUGGUUGAUACUGGUAAAACCCCACCAUCAACUGGUACAAUAACUGUCAAGGUGAAGAUAUCGGAUAUCAAUGAUAACUGUCCGGAGUUGACUCAGACUUUAUACCAGCUUCAGGCUAUACCAGCUCUCCAGCUGACUGCUCUGGCCGAUCUGAAUGCCACGGAUAUAGACAGCGGAAACAACUCAGCUCUCUCCUUCUAUAUCUCCACCGUUACAGAGGACCCGCCUAUCUCCAUUUUCAAUGACACCAUGGACCUGUAUAAAGAAGUUUAUGAAGCCAACACGCUGCUGAAGUUUACGGUGAUUGUGGUAGACGGUGGCAGCCCUGUACGGGGAGCUACCGCCGUGGUGGAGAUUGAUAUCGACAACUCCUGCCUGAUUGAUGUAGAAUAUAAGGCCAUUCCUUACACUAUCACAGUUAACAUCACCACCGGAGAAAUCCAGCACCGACUCCCGGGAUACUACUACUUUGAAUACAAUUGUAAUGAUGCCCUGGGAAUGGAGAGUGGAGUGAUUCUGGAUAGAUACAUAUCGGUAACGUCAUCUUCCUCCACUAGUGACGCUAAUAGAGCCCGACUCAACAUGACACAGCUCCCAGCUAACCUUGGCAGUUUGACAGGAGGGUGGGUUCCCGCCGUGAUGGACACUAAUCAGUAUAUAGAGGUCAAUUUGACAGAGCCUACCUAUGUCCAUGUGGUUCAGAUUCAGGGUCAGGACUCGGUGGAUAACUGGGUGACCAGCUUCUCCGUCCAGUACAGUGCUGAUGGCGCCACCUGGAACACGUACACAAACUCUACAGGAGCUUCAGUAUUCCAAGGGGCUGCUGACCGAGACACUGUAGUCAGUGUGUCGAUGGUGCCGGCUGUGUAUGGGACCUAUAUCAGAAUCAAUCCUCGCACCUGGAAUAACGCCAUUGGUCUCCGGCUGGAAUUUAAAGGAUGUUCUUACGCCAAGUAUCAGUACUAUCGUACAACCUGUCAGAGGUGUUUGACCUCCUGGUACUGUGAGGGGGACUCAACCAUCAAGCCCUGCGGUCGCUGCGACCCCCCAGUCACAGGCUCUACUUGUGGUCGCUCACUGACAGAACACAGUUUUGGAGCAGCAUCAACCUGUACCACAUGUCCUGAGGGCUGGAUUUGCAGUGAUGGCUACGCCACACCCUGUCCUGACUUUCACUAUGUGACCUGUAACGACACCUAUUGCCCCACCUCCUGUACCCAGUGUGAGGCGGGCUUCGCCUGUAGGGGAGGCAAACGAUAUCAAUGUGAGAAAGGAACUUACUCCGACGGAAAUGUCAAGUUCUGUACAAUGUGUUCCCCCGGUAAAUACCAGGACGAGGUCGGACAGAGCACCUGUAAGAACUGCCCAGCAGGCUACUACAGCUCUUCUAGUAAGGACCGCUGUAACCCGUGCGAGGCGGGGACGUACGCCGCCGCCGAUGGAAGUGGCUGUCAGUCCUGUGGCUCCACUACUCAGUGUCCUUGUUUGGGAAGCACCACCUUGUGUUAUACUGCUGAUCUCUGUUAUAACAUGGACGGUAGUUAUGGAUGUCUUUCCUGUCCCACUGGAUACACAGGCAGUGGGGUGACCUGCUCUGAUAUUGAUGAGUGUACAUCCAUCACUCCACUGCCCUGCUUUCAGCAGCGCUGCAGAAAUACUGAGCCUGGAUUUCAGUGCCUUGCCUGUCCUUUGGGGUAUUUAGGCACAUACGAAGACGGACUGUCACUGAACAUAAGCAGGAGGACCUUCCAGCUGUACAACACAGUGCUGGACUCUACACAAUCCCAGACCUGCUCGGACGUCAACGAAUGUCUGGCCAACAAUGGAGGAUGUGAUCCGAAUGCUUACUGUACAAAUACUCCGGGGAGCUAUACUUGUGGGUUCUGUAAGGAGGGAUACGUAGGUAACAAUGUGGUUGGCUGUGAGCUGGCUGACUACUGCCUGUCUGGUAAACACACAUGUGAUGGCAAUGCCACUUGUUACUAUACCGGACCCCAGGAGUACAAGUGUGUGUGUAACAAUGGAUGGGCGGGGAACGGUUAUCUGUGUGGAGACGACCCAGAUCAGGACGGCGUCCCCACUCUGGGACUACCCUGCUCCGAGGACAGCUGUAAUUCAGACAACUGUCCCUCGGAUCCCAACAGCGGUCAGGAGGAUGCUGAUACGGACGGCAUGGGCAAUGCAUGCGAUGAUGACGACGAUAAUGAUGUCAUCGCUGACUCGCAGGACAACUGUCCAUAUGUGGCUAACUACGACCAGGCAGAUGCGGAUUCGGAUGGCGUGGGUGACAAGUGUGACAACUGUCCAAACGCGGCUAAUGCUGACCAGUCGGACGUUAAUGGGGAUGGCGUGGGGGACGUGUGUCACACGGACAAUGACAAGGACGGAGAUGGAGUCCUGGAUGCAGCAGAUUCUUGUCCACUUGUGGCCACCACCGCCCAGACUGAUACAGACGGGGACCUUAUUGGAGACGAGUGUGACAACUGUCCAUUGGUCAGCAAUGCUGCACAAACAGAUUCAAACUUCAACGGUGUGGGGGACAGUUGUGACGGUCAGGACAAAGAUGGAGAUGGGUUGCCUGACUUUAAGGAUAAUUGUCCCGAAGUUCCGAAUUCCCAGCAGACCGACACGGACGGGGAUGGGACUGGUGAUUUCUGUGACACGGAUGUUGACAACGAUGGCAUUCUUAAUACCGCUGACAACUGUAUAUAUGUCUCAAACGCUGACCAGGCUGAUGCUAAUGGAAACAGAGUGGGCGAUGUUUGUGAAGGUGACCUUGACCAGGACAGUGUCGUGAACAACCUUGAUGUCUGUCCUAAGAACAAGGACAUCAGCUCUAUGAAUUUCACUGACUAUACAUCUAUUGACCUUAACCCAUCCUUGACCUCAGAGAAAGCACCUGUUUGGCACAUCAUGGACAAGGGGAGAGAAGUCAGGCAGACAGAGACAACACUCAAACCUGCUGCUUACAUAGGUAAUCAUUACUUUGACCACAUGGAGUUUUCGGGUACUACCUAUGCCCAGAGUGACGAGUGCUACGGUUAUAUUGGGUUUAUAUUUGGCUAUCACUCCACACAGGAGUACUAUAUAGCACUGUGGAGGCACACUCAUCUUAACUACAACAUCUAUGGAGGAAUCAAAGGGGUGCAACUGAGGGCAGUAAAGACUACAAACAAUGUGGGACAGAAUUACGCGAACGCCCUGUAUCAGAGCUACGAUGUGACGUCGUACUCUCGACUUCUGUGGCAGGACUCGACACUAACGGGCUGGAAGUGUAGAACGAGUUACAGAUGGACAAUACAGCACACACCGUCACGGGGGAUUCUGAGACUGUUCGUGAAGGAAGGUGACACAAUGAUCGCAGACUCUGGCAACAUUUACGACGUGUCGAUCCCCGGGGGUAGGGUAGGAGUGUUUGCUUACAACCAGACGGGAGUGAUCUGGUCCGACAUGAGAUUCGAGUGCAAGGACAGAACCAACAUGGCUUUAUCACUGGAUGGAUCGACGUAUGGCAUCAUAGGAAACAUGACAGGUCUGAGGAUAGAGAAAAGUUUUACAAUGGAAGCUUGGGUUAACCUUCCAAGUGGCUACCCGUCCACAAAACUGCCAAUAAUCUGUAGCAAUAGCAGUGACUUGUGUCUCUAUGUGGAGGGAGGUGUUUUCAAGAGCACAUUACAGACAGUGAACGUCACAGGAACCACCCCUGUGACAGCAGACAGAUAUAAUCACAUCUUGCUGAGAUACAAUGCUCAAGCGGCUACAUUGUCGCUUUUUGUCAAUGGAACCAAAGAUGUGGAGUCAACAGGCCUGACUGAAAUCACUUGGACCUCUAACUUGGUGCUGUACAUGGGAUUUGAUGGAAGCAAUUACUUGUCAGGGAAACUGGAUGAUAUAAGGAUAUACAAUGUCCAAAUACCAGACUCGGACAUCAACCAGUAUUGGCAGGAAGUCGGGAUGGAGAGGAACUAUCAGAAGUAUACGCUCUCCGCCCACUACACAAUGGACGACAAUCCCAGUUCUACCAUCUUGAUGGAUCAAAGUCCACACAAUAUGGAUGUGUCAUUUUCAGGAACACCAUCGUUUGUUGAUAGCACAUCAGACUUUGACAGAUACUAUCUGACCAAUGGAUAGACAUCUCUGCAGAUGGAAGAAAAAAAACACAUAUAAAAAUAAACUACAUGUGAUGUAGUUUUCUUAUUAAACCAUCCUUGUACAAAGUGAUGCUCCGUUCCUUCCAGAAUCAACAAUCAAAGCUGUAAAACCAAGAAUGAUAUGGAUAACUACUGAGAUUAUUCAUAUUCCGUCCAUUUUUAAAAUUGUAGUUAGCACUUGUUAAACUUGUUGAUGAACACUUUUUGAUAACUUUGUUACAUACAUGUACAAUGUAGAUGAAACUUACAACAAUUAUUUAUUUCUUAGAGACCCUAUGAUCCAAUUAACAAAGGUUAGUUAAUGUUAACUGUCAGUUCAUUUGUCAUUAACACCUAUGUUAUAUAGCGUCAACUUGACAUUAUUUGUCAGUUAGCCUAAACUAGUGGACCUUGUAGUCCAAUGAAUAUCAUGGUUUAGAUGUCAAUAUACAGAAUUAAUUGAAUUGUUUAUUACAGGAAAAUAUUGUUUUCCCGUUUGUAACCUACUAUAUAAAAGUCAGGGAUUUUAAAUAGGAACAUUUAACGAAUGAAGCAAAAAAUACAGUGUGUGAUGGUGAUUAUUUCUGGCCCCCCCCCCCCCCCCCCCCCCCCACCCCUCUUAACUUGCAGUUUCAGAUAGAAUUUAUAAUUGCUAUGUAAAACAAAGGAAUACUACCUUGUUUCAAAACCAUGAUGUCACUAUUUAGUCAUGGUGUAAAUUCAUAUUUUUACAAUGCAAUUUCAUAGUUUUGCAAUUUUCAACAAUAAUAUAUUUUACAGUAAAACAUGCUUAUUAUGAACAUGCUUAUAACAAAUUCACACUUAUUGUGAAGUCAUUAAUAUUUAGUACCCUAUGAAGGGAAAAUAACGAAAACUUUGUUGGAUAUCAUGAAGAACAGUUUUUCGCUGGCUCUAGAGGUUCACUAUAACUGUGUUUUACUGUAUAAUGAAGUUUGUUUUCCGCUGGCUCUGGAGGUUCACUAUAACUGUUUUACUGUAUAAUGAAGUUUGUUUUUCGCUGGCUCUGGAGGUUCACUAUAAUGGUGUUUUACUGUAUGUUUGUUUUUUAAGUUGGGAGUGCUGGCUUGAUCAGGCACCAUUUAUUGAUAUUGAUGUGAAAAUGGUGUCUGAUUACAACUAUAAUCUAUAAUUCUGAAGACAAAUGUGGAUGAUGAUUGGCUGUAAUUUAUACAAGUUUUAAAAAUUGGUUAAUUUUCAGAUGCCAUAGAAAUAAUGAUACACAAAGAAUUUUGUAGUGGGCUUUCAAAUCAUAUCUAAUGAUGAAUAGGGCUCUAUUUUACUUUUAGUCCUAUAUGUUUUUCGAUGGAGGUUAUGCUAAACUUUAAGCUCACACUUGAAGAAGAAAUGACACAAUACAAUAAAGGGUCAGGGAUUUUUAUCAUGGUUGGUCAAAAAGGAGAAACAAAUAAAAUUUAGUUUUAGUCCUUGUAGAAAAUUUUAGUUUAGGCCUUGGGACAAAAUUCUAGUUUAGGCCUUGGGACAAAAUUUUAGUUUAGGCCUUUGGUUUAGGGGGUUUUCUACUGAGUAUGAUGGUCAGGAAUUUUAAAUUUAUUUUUAUUUUCUACAAACAUGAUAUUUGAGGGGGAAAUUCAAGUGCAUCUAAAUGAGCCAGAUGGCAUUUUGAUUUGACCUUAUUCACAAAUUUAAUGUACCAAAAAUAAGAUCAAACAGUCUGAUUUAACAAACCUUUAGUAAUGUCAUAUAUGUAGAUUAAAUAUCUAUGAAAAUUUACAAAUUGGCAUAAAAUGUUUUUGAAGCUUAAUGUAAUUAUCAUUAUUAAACAUGUAUCAUUUGGAAGUUUGUAAUUUGUCUCGGAUUUAAAAAGAUAUCGCAAAUAAAAACCACCAUGAAAGAUAAAAAUUGUAUUCAUUUCCAGCAUUUAUAUUUUAAACAUCAUUUUCACCACAGAGCAUAAUUGCUACCAAUUAUUACAUGCAAUAUACCGUACAUAUUCAUCAAGUUUAUGUUAAUUUGAAGUCCUGCAGUAAGGGACGCAGAGUGGAGAUGAAAUGCUUCCACGAUUACAGCAACAUUUACAUGUACAAGACCUGUGCAACAAAUGUGCCUGAACAUGCUUCAUGUUUAAUAUGUUUUUAUUUUAAUUGUUUGAUAAUUUGUAAAUUAAAAAUGCUUGUUACAUUUACUGUUAUCAUCUUUAUUUAUUUAUUUUAUUUGAACGCAAUUGUUUUUACACAUACAUGUACUGUUUUGCUAUUUAUAUAUACAUGUAACCACACAUUUUGCGUAAUAUUAGUAAAUCUCACCAAUGGUCACUGCAGGUCAUGACCUUUCUGUGGCUCGUGUCUGUGAUAUAUAUAUUGGAAUAUUGUAUAUCAAUUGAAUUAUUUGUGACAUUUUUUUUUUUUAGGGUUGAUCCCUUUUCUCUUUUUGAUAACUCUUUAGAGAAAAUUUUAAUAAACUUGAUAAUAAAGUU